CCGCUCCACAACCUCCUCCUCGCCGCCGCCGCCGCCGCCGCUUCCACUCCUCCCCUCUGAGCCGCCACCAUGGGUGUCCCCAAAUUCUACCGCUGGAUCAGCGAGCGUUACCCGUGUCUGAGCCAAGUAGUGAAGGAGCAUCAGAUUCCGGAAUUUGACAAUCUCUACUUGGAUAUGAAUGGAAUUAUCCACCAAUGCUCUCACCCAAAUGAUGAAGAUGUGCACUUUCGGAUCUCUGAAGAAAAGAUAGUUGCUGAUAUUUUCCACUAUGUGGAAGUUCUCUUUCGCAUUAUUAAGCCAAAAAAAAUAUUUUUCAUGGCUGUUGAUGGUGUGGCUCCAAGAGCAAAAAUGAAUCAACAACGUGGCAGGCGUUUCAGAUCAGCAAAGGAAGCAGAAGAAAAAAUUAAAAAAGCCUUGGAGAAAGGAGAAAGCCUUCCUACAGAAGCCAGAUUUGACUCCAACUGCAUCACCCCAGGUACUGCUUUUAUGGCCAGGUUACAUGAACAGCUAAAAUAUUUUGUAAACAUGAAGAUUUCAAGUGACAAAUCCUGGGAAGGUGUAACUGUAUACCUGUCAGGUCAUGAGACCCCAGGGGAAGGUGAACAUAAAAUCAUGGAAUUUAUUAGAGCUGAAAAAAGAAAACCGGAUCAUGAUUCCAAUACGAGACAUUGUCUAUAUGGACUGGAUGCUGAUUUAAUUAUGCUUGGAUUAACAAGCCAUGAACCAAAUUUUUCCCUUUUGAGGGAAGAAGUUCGAUUUGGUGGCAGGAAAUCUCAAAAAAGGAUUGCUGCAGUUGAGGAAACCACGUUUCACUUGUUGCACCUGUCCCUAAUGAGAGAGUAUGUUGACUAUGAAUUUUCACCUGUGAGAGGAAAGAUUUCCUUUGAGUAUGACCUUGAACGGAUAAUAGACGACUGGAUAUUGAUGGGGUUUCUUGUCGGUAAUGAUUUUAUUCCUCAUCUACCUCAUUUACAUAUCAAUCAUGAUGCACUACCUUUGCUAUACAAGACAUAUAUUGAAGUCCUGCCAACUCUAGGAGGGUACAUUAAUGAAGGUGGAACAUUAAAUUUGGAACACUUUGAGAAGUAUCUUCUAAAACUGUCAGAAUUUGAUCGCGAACAUUUCAGUGAAGUUUUUGUUGAUCUGAAGUGGUUUGAAAGCAAAGUGGGCAAGAAAUACCUCAAUGAGGCAGCAGGCAUUGCAGCAGAGGAAGCAAAACGGCGUAACAAGAAAAGUAAGGUCCGAGAUGAUUUGUGUCUCGCAGUACUUGAUGAAGGUCAAAAUGAUGCAGAAGCUUUCUCAGACUGCAGUACUGAAUUCAAUCACAAAGAUGCAUUGAACAAUGACAAUGAUGAGGACAAUGAGGAUGAUCUGUUUGAAACAGAAUUCAGACAGUACAAGAGAGUUUACUACAUGACAAAAAUGGGCGUAGAAGUUGUUUCUGAUGAAUUUCUUGCUCAACAGGCAGAAUGUUAUGUUCAAGCAAUACAAUGGAUUUUGCACUAUUAUUACCAUGGUGUCCAGUCCUGGAGCUGGUAUUACCCUUUCCACUAUGCACCUUAUCUCUCUGACAUCUGCAAUAUCAGUAAGUUGAAGAUAACAUUAGAUAUGGGAAGACCAUUCAUGCCAUUUGAGCAGUUACUUGCAGUUCUUCCAGCAGCUAGCAAAGAUCUUCUACCAAAUAGCUACCAGUUUUUAAUGACUGAUGAAGGAUCUCCAAUCAUAGAAUAUUACCCUCCAGAUUUCAAAACUGAUCUUAACGGCAAGCAACAGGAGUGGGAAGCUGUUGUACUAAUUCCAUUUAUUGAAGAGAUACGGUUAUUGGCAGCAAUGGAACCUUGCAAUGAGCAUCUUUCCGAGGAAGAAAUACAGCGCAAUCGGCAUAGUGGAUGUAUGAAGUACUGGUACGAUAAAGAUAUUGAAUUCAAAUAUUCAUCACGGAGGCCAGAAAAAUUCCCAAAUGUGGAACGGUGCCAUGCAAGGCAUGAAGAGAUUCCCGUAGAUGCAUGGAGAGUAACUCCUAGUUGCACAUUAAACUGUACCACUAACAAUAGUACUGUUUACUUUUGCGGGUUUCCAACUCUGAAGCAUAUUAAGCAUAAGUCCUACUUAAGGAAAAGUGGGGUUCAAGUCUUUCAACAGCCAAGCCGAGGAGAGAAUAUGCUCUUGGAUCUAUUGCCACAAGAGGAGGAAGAUAAUGUGGAUGACAUUGCUAAUCAGGAGUUGGGAAAGUCUAUCUUUUUGAAUUGGCCUCAUCUUGAGGAAGCUCGAGUUGUUGCAGUGUCAGACCAAGAAACAAAAUAUUAUUUGGAAGAACCCCUGGGAGUGCAGAAGAUUUAUGCUGGGAAAACAACACCUGCGAAAGUAGUUUACCUUGGUGAUGCAGAACAAAACAUGUGGUCAAGAGAAGCGAAUAGUAUAAAAGAAUUUUACCACAAAAGAAAAGGAAUCAUUAUCAAUGAAACAUCAGUGCUUGUGUAUGCCCAGCUCCUCACAGGUCGUCGGUACGUAUUUGGUCGCAAUGGCGAAGUUACUUUGGAGAAGGAAUGGUCAAAACAAAUACUUCCAUUUGCUCAUCAUACCACUGUGAGGGACCUAAAAUCAUUUGAUUCCAGUUUCUCUCACUUCCACACACUGGAUGAACUAUUUCCACCCAGAAUUAAUGUUUUCAUGUUGGGGACUCCCUACUAUGGCUGCAUGGGAGAGAUUCAAGACUCUUCGGAUGUUAUCAAAGAUGGGCGAAUCCGUGUGGUUUUUAGUGUUCCAUGUGAACCUCAGCUAGAUGGCAUUAUACAAAACCAGCAUAAAUAUUCUACAAAAUAUAAUCCAGGCUAUGUUGUGGCCAGCCGCCUUGGAAUUACCGGGUACAUCGUGUCAAGGAUAACAGGCAGCUUGUUUAUUGGCAGAGGAUCAAAGCAAAAUCCUCUUGGAGAACAGAAAAUGAAUGUGGGGCUGAAUCUGAAGUUUAAUAAGAAGAAUGAAGAAGUACCAGGUUACACGAAGAAAGUUGGAAAUGAGUGGCUGUAUUCUUCUGCUGUCGAACAGAUUCUAAGUGAAUAUCUGGAGAGAUUUCCUGAAUUGAUGUACCACAUUGCUAAAAACAGCCACGAAGAUCUGUACUAUGAGGAUAACAUUUGGUCUGGAGAGGAUGUUAGUGGUCCUGAAAAGGUCCAGGAAAUUGGAGCUUGGUUGAAGACGCAUCCGGUCAGUAGUUUGUCAAGAGCAUCUUGUGACUUGAACUUACUGGAUGCAGCAGUCAUUGAAAAGAUUGAGGAGGAGGUAGAAAGCUGCAAGCAAAGAAGAAGUAACAAAAAAGUAAGGGUGACUGUGAAGCCACAUCUAUUGUACAGGCCUCUGGAGCAGCAACAUGGUAUAGUCCCAGACAAAGAUGCAGAGUACCUUUUAUUUGAUCGUGUUGUGAAUGUGAGGGAGGACUUCUCAGUUCCUGUUGGUCUUCGAGGAACUAUCAUAGGAAUGAAAGGAGCUGAGCGAGAAUCUGAUGAAUUUUAUGAAGUAUUAUUUGAUGAAGAAUUUCCAGGUGGACUGACUAUAAGAUGCACUCCUGGCCUGGGCUACAGACUUCCGAAGUGUGCCUUGAUCGUUCUCAGUCAUGGGAACCGCUUGGAGUUUGGGGGUCAGAAAGCAGCAACGCUAUUAAAACCACAGCCAGCACCAAUACCUCAACAUUCUAUGUAUUCUUCUUCAAAAUCUUCUCAGAAAGUAUCAACAGGAGGCCUGAACCACUCUCCACUCUCCCUAUUUGUGCCCACACAGCAACUUAAUGGAAGACAGCCAUAUCUCAGGGCAGAAAAUCAGAGCAACCAAGUUAACCAUCAGAAAGCAAAUGGACCAUCUAGCUUUCAUAGAAAUGGUGAUCAUGAACACAAAGGAACAUCUGCUAAAGUGGAUCAGCUGAAACCAGAUGAGUUUUCCAAUGUAUGGCAGUCCUUACAGAAUAAUUUGGGAAUUUCACCCGUUCCUAAACAAAGCAAUUCUCAAGGUGCACAAUUAGCCUGCAAACCCGAUUCUGGUUGGCAAGAAAAGCCGGCUUCUAGCUCAGCAUCCAUUUCUGGGUUUCCGUCCCCAAAUUCUCUGACGACAGAAAAUAAUAUGCAGCCCUUCAAAACUGAUGAGCAACAAAAGCAGAGAUGGGUACCAGGAGUACAAGUGACACGAGUCAGGAAAGCUGAAGAGGACAACUGUGAAAAUUUCAACACAAGAAUUUGGGGUCCUGAAAACUCAGGCCGGUCACAAUCGUCCAUUUCUAAUUUGUCAAGUAAACAGGCUUGUACUGGCAGUAGUAAACAAAGUAUGAAAAUUCUCAAGAGGAAUGAAGACUUAAAUGAAGAGAAACCUGCUGUGGUAAAUUGUCUGUCAUCUUCAUCUUCAGCAGAAAAAUGUGAUUCCUCCACCAAGAUAUCAUCUGAGUUUGAAGAAUUAGUUUCAUUAAAUACACCCAGUGGACAAGCAGGAAAAGAUGCACAAGACUCUCAGCCCAAAGAAAACAAAGGAAAUAGUGGGGAACCUUUAUCCCCACAAUCUUUUGCAAUGAAAGGAACACAAAUGUUAAAGGAAAUUCUGAAGAUUGAUAGUGCAAAUCCAGCCCUUGAUAAAGAAGCUAACAUAUCUUCUAAUGUUAAGCAAGAAAGCUCUCCAGCUGCUUCAGUCCAUCACGAGAGAGCAGGAUAUGCCUCCCACCAACGACCAUUAAAAAAACUUGCUGCAAAAAUCAACAAACCUCAGGGGACAUUGGGUGGAGAAAUUUCAGGACAUUAUCGAGGGCAACCGCUUCCUUUAUCCAUCCCAGUGUCAGAGUUGUUCAUCACUUGUGGCAGACUUGGGUUACCGCAUCCAGAGUUCUCCUUUAUUAAGACCCCACAGGGCUUGAAGGUUUGCCAGGUGAAGUUGGCCAAUGGUUUGCUUGUGCAUGGACCUCAGUGCCAUUCGGACAGUGAAGCCCAAGAAAAGGCUGCAGCAUUUGCACUACAGCGACUGAAUGCAACAGGACAAAAUACACAUCUCGGUCCAAACAUAUUUCCCGGUUAUCAACCCAUGACAGGAAAUAUACCUCCUCGGGCCAUUCCACCAUCCUUUGGUCAGGCUUCAGGUGGUAUAAUGCCUACGCCACCUCAUGGAUAUGGUCCUGUGCCUUGGCCAAAUUUGAUUCCUCCCCAGCUGUACAAUAACUUUCAGAUACCAUAUUCAGGAAAUAUCUGUCCUGGAGGAAUGCUUAUUGGUACUCAUAAUCAAUUUGUGCCUUUACAGGUCACAAAGAGGAGGACAGUUUUCAAUAAACCUUACGAUGAAAAAGAAUUUAGUCCCUCUCUUCAGCAAAAACUGAGUCAGCCAGCAACUACAAUUGAAUAUUCUAACACGUCACAUGGAUAUCCUGCUACCAUCACCUCCAGGAACUUCAUUCAGCCCAGCCAAACACCUCCUGAGCCCCAGAAUAAAACAGUUGUACACACAGUCAUUGAACCUCAAGGGCAACAACAUCCAAUGGCAGGUUCUUCUGGAAAACGCAAGCAAAGAAAAUUAGCAGUCAAUUUUAGAGGCCCUCGGCUGCCCCAGUAGUUAAGGUGAAUCAAAUUAAGCUACUUCUGAAAUUUAAUUUCGUACAGUAGUUUGUUUGGAUAAUCUUGGCAUUGAAUGUUGCAAUUUUCUUCAAGUAUGUGCUUUCCAAAAUGCUAAAUAAUAUUAUCAUUAGGCUAAAAUUGUCUCCAUGAUAAGCUGAUAACCUUGUGAAUUAUUUUGCCGUUGAAGAGACAAUACUUUUAUCUCAAAAGCUUAGAAAUUAACCUGUCUUUUAGGAAUUUUCCUAUCACUCAAAUUUAAAUUAAAUUAGUAAAAGGCAAUUUGUGCAUAAAUCCAUUCACAUGAUGCACUAAGCCUUGCAGCUGUGAUCAGUUUCCAGUACAGGCCAUAAAGCACAAAGUUUCUGUUGAUCUGAAUUGUAUUUGUUUUGUCUUUUAUUCUAAUUUCAAAGGUUUGUAAUUUGUUUGCAAUAUAGAAAUUAUGCGUUUUAAUCAUCAACAAUAUCUAUGCAUCAGGCAUAAUCCCAAUUAAACACUUAACUAACGUUAAACUCUUUUCAAAGAUUUUAUCAGAGCAAGUACCAUAUAUUGUUUUUAAAUGAUUAGUCAGGUAGUACUUUGCAUUAUCGUGGAAGAUUUGUCAGAACCUCCACUUUGUAUCAUUUAUCAAUCAAAUUGACUAAGAUGUUAGUGGCAUUGUGGAACAGCAGGUGAAACAUUUGCCACCCGUUCCAUGACACAUCUUGUAUUUAGUUCAAUUGAAAUGGCUGGGGUUGAACUUGGGUCAACCUUUUAAACAAAGACACCAUUCUCAUAUUGGCUGUGUUGCAUUACUGUGCAGUCCAGUUUCAUAAUCACUUGAGGACAAAUUGCAGGAUAGUGAUCAUCCAGACGUAUGAUAUUGUCAAGAAAGCAGGAAGACUGCUGCCUACAAGAACAAAAACUCAAAAUUAAUAUUAGAAGGGAUUAGGAGUGCAUAAUAAAAAUAUUGCGUAAUUAUUUUACGAUAUAUUGUUAUGCAGGCAUUAUUAAUUGUCUGCUUUACUUGAUAUUCUAUAUCUGGAAAUUGAAUUUUCACUACUGGGUAAAAUUGUAUUUCCGACAUCAAAAUUCUUACACGGCCUUUAAUGCUGGGAUUGAAUCAGGCACAAUGGAAAUGAAACUCCCAUGGUUGCAAUAAGGCUUUGCAAAAUUUUCAGCUUUAAACAACCUCGCAACAGUAUGGGAAAAUUACAAAAUUGGUCACAUGAAUUAUUCCUUCAGAAGUCUAUGUAGUAAAACAAUUUAGAUCUUUUAUUAUAUAUGGUGAGCAAAAGUGAAGAGUUGCCAAAUUUUGUGAUUCUUUGAGGAUUAAUAGUGGUGGUGCAUUACAGAAAUUGUGAUGGUACUAACUAUUCAACUUCUAAUGCAAAUAGAUUUUUCUUUUGGCUAUAAAAUUAGUAGAGACCCGAGCCUUGCAUUUAAUUGUUUCUGUUUUGUACCUUGGUGUGGAAGAUAGAUUUUGUUUUUAAUUAAUUCCUUUUUGGACAUUUUAUUCUGGGUCAACCUAUAGAAUAUAAGCCUAUGUGCAGUUUUCAUUGUUCAGGACUUUUACACCCUUUAUUUGUCUCAACAAAUUAUUUUCCUUUCAACAAAAGAACUUUCUUCAAAUUUAGAGCACAUUUUUUUUGGCAUCAAUUGAUUUAAAAAUAAAGGCUUAUUGAGCUUAAUUAAUCAUGACUGAAACUGGCCACAGUACGUCUGUCUGUAAACAGCAUUAAACAUUGUUUAACUGCAUGGGUUCCUUCAGCUUCUUAGUGGACUACUGUUAGUUUGUUAAACAAAAGUGCUUUUUUUUGUAAAGUAUAUUGGGCCAUUGUUAUUUUUUUGGGGUAAAUGCUUUGAAGAAUAGAUUUUCAGCUGAUUAUUUCAUUUUGCAAAACACUGAAGUCAUACCCCAUAUGCCAUGAAGAACCUUAUUGUAUGGGUCACAUUUCUGUAACUAAACCAGUAAAAGCUGCAUUGGAUCAGGGGUGGUGCAGAAAAAUAUUGAUCCAUACAUAUUAUGCUUUAAUGCAGUUUCUUUAUAAUAUUCAACAUUUCCUUUUUGUCUGUCUCGUAUGAGUGUGUGGCUUGGUUUUGUAUUUAACCCAAUGGCCUUGCACUUGGUAGGAAUCAGUAGACUUCAUUCUUUAUGAUGCAAAAAUUGAAAUACUUUAUACACCUAAAUGUUCGGGGGUUUGAUAAAACUGAAGUUUUAUUUUAAUACUCAUCAAAACAGUGAAUGGUCCUUGUAUUUUGGAAUUUUACAUUGCUUAAACAUGGUACCUAUGUUUUGGAAUUUUUAAAUUUUCUAGUAAUAUUCAAUGAAAUGGAUUAAAUACUGUGAUUAAAUGUGUUUUACUGUGUUUUAAUUGAUCGGUCUUUCUAAAGGUAUUCCUGAUCAAGUUUUAAUGUCACCUGAUGGUCCUAUAUUUUGUCCACAUCUGUCAAUACUUUGUGAAUUGCCAUCAAACGUCCAAGGAAGAGCAGCCUACACUAAAUGCAAAAUCCCAACUCAACAUGUAUGACUUUGCUUAAUUUUAUAAAUUUCAUGUAAAUUUUAGUUUUUAUUCAACGCAGUCAAUUAUGUCCAUAACACAGUUAUACCAAAAGCUUAAUAUGUACUUGUACAGCAAUGUAUUUUAUACAACACAAAGAAGAAAAUCACUUUCUGAUGCAGAUGUUGUAGAAGUGCUUUUAAGAUUAUUUUAUAGAAACCAUAAAAUCUCAAAUUAUUUACUGCCUAAUUUCUAGGUUCCUAUACAUGUACAUUUUUUGGUUUCAGAAUAAUACAACAUUUUUAUCAAUUUAUGACACAAACAUUUUAACGUUUAUCAGUGUUAAAAUUGUGUUUCAUUUAUGAGUGCUCUUGAUGUUAUGUUCAAGCCUUUCCAUGUAGAUCACACUGGUUUAAAAUUGUACAGUGAAAGAAAGGUCAUGGCAGCACAUUAAUCAUAUUUAUUGAUGAAUGUGGACUUUUUACAUUUUAUGUAUUAAACAAUGGAACAGUGACUGGUUCAUAAAACAGUACAGUUUAAUGUUGCACUUUCUGCUGAUGUGUAUAGGCAAGCUCGAUAUGAUAAAUAAAACAUUUUGUUACAAGUG